UCAACAUGUCGUCCCGAUAAAUGUCUACUGCUAGAUGUGUUUUGGAUAUAAACAAGUGUUUUCAUCGAAAUAGGGUUACAAUUUUUUAAUUCAAGUGCAAAACAAUUAUGUGUGCAUGCUAAAAUGUACUAUAUUUAUAUAACAGACUAUUGUAAAUAGUUUUAAUCAACAUUAUUUGCUGUAAAAGGUAUAACCCCACCCUUACAUGUCAGAACUCAUAACAGUGAAAAGUGUCAAAUUUUCCAAAUAUGAGGCAUAAUGAGUUGGUUCGAUGCCUCGGGGUUUGCCAGCCUAGCAAAGUCUGCACUUAAAGAAGCUCAAAAAACAAUAGAUAAAGCUCUGGAUAUACAAAAUGAGGAUCAAAAAACGACACAAACAGCACUGCCUGAAAUGACAGACUUUUUUGAGACUUGGGGAUUGAAAAAUGAGGAACAGGCAGAACAAAGUUCCGAUCAACCUAGUCAAAAACAACAAAGCAGUAUAUGGGGAAGUUUUACUGGAUCAUUCUUUGAAAAUCAAAAAAUUGACAAUCCAGCAUCAAUAAAGCCAAUAAAACAUUCGAAAUCUCUUCAAGAAUCAUUCGAUUGGAAAAUUGAAGAACCUUCCAUAACAGCGUCAACUUCAUUUUCUGAAAAUUUAGUUAACGAAAGUUCCAGUGUAUCACAAUCAGAAAAUUCUAGUUUACCAAAAAAGCAUUUAACAUCGAAAUUAAAUUUAAUAGCCACAAAUGAUGAAACAACAACAAAUUUUUCAUCACAAGAAUUACAACAUGAUAAUAAAAAGGAUCUUGAGAAAUCUUCCCUUAAUGAUCCAAAUUCUGAUAGUGAGAAAAAAAAUAACGAUAUUAAAAAAUCAGAUUUAAAUACAAUUUAUACUUUAAAGAGAAUAUCAAUUAUUUCCUGUGAAAGUGAUAAGAAAAGUUCAGAAAGUGUUGAAAUUCUUGGAUCUCAACCAAAUACAGAUUGUACAACAACUCCUGAUUCGGAAUUAAAUUCCGUUAGUCAAUCACUAAGUCUUUCAUUACCAGAUCCAAAGGUGACAUCCGAAUCUGUUGAAAUCUUACCCGAUAGUUUAGUAACAUCACCAAGUUCAGUUGAAGUUUUAGGCGAUUGGAAAAGUGACAGUAGUCCAUUUUUAUCACCAACAGAACAAAAACAACUUAAAUCUUCAUCAUCAUCUGAAAAAGAAUCGAGUGCAAUUGAUGUAUUAAAAGAUGUAGAAUCAUAUUCAGAUAUUUCACCCUACGAAUCACCUAUGGAAGAAGCAAAAACAUCAAGUCCAUCAUUUGAAUCAAAAAUAAUUGAAAAUUCAUUAAACAUUAAAAUAGAAAAAAAAAUUUCCCCCGACAGUGUUGAAGUUAUUCCCGAUGUUGAUGAAUCAGAUGAAUUAAGUCUCGCUGAAGAUUCUUAUACAUCAGCCUCUGAAACAACUGUUAUGACAAUUCUCGAAUCAGCAAAGUGUAAGAAUGAAUCAAAUUUAAAUUCCAUUCCCGAUGGUCAUGUGUCGAUGAAUUCAAGUGUUGAAUAUCCCCUCAAUAUAAGUCUUGAUUCAUUAAAGGAAAAACAUAAUUUACAUUUACCAUUGGAACCAAUAACAACACAACCAAUAAUAAGAAAAAUGGAAUAUCUUGAAUCGGUGAAAAAUAAUGCUGAAUUGGAUCCUUUUGAACAAUUGAAAAGUUCAACAAUUGAACCAGCCGAGCCAGAAGUAUAUGAAGAAAAUAUUUCAAAUUUAAAGACUGAAAGUGCAGAAGUGCCUGAUCAAUAUUUGAUGUUGACUGAUUCAAGUUGUGAGGGUACUUUAAUUGAAAGUAGUUCUGAGGAUAAUGCCACAUUAAUUGGAACAAAUGAAACAAAAAUUGCCGAAGCACCAUUGACUUCCAGUUCUUAUGUGAAAUCAAUGUUGGCCGAUGCAAUGUAUGAAAAAAGUGACAAUAGUGACAAUGAAAGACAUUGUGUUGAAGUGCCGAGGGAAAAUUCGCCUAUUUCUUCUGAAAGUCGUUCAGAUUUAGUAAAAAUUGGCUCGGAUCAAACCAGCGGACACACGUCCGGAGAUGAAUUAGAAACAACAACUUCCAGUGAUAUUGAAAUAAUAUCCAGUCCAAAUGGCGAUUCAAGUUCAACUCAAUCGCGACAAAGUCCAGCGAAAUUACAUUUAAAUAAAAGUAGUGAUCUAUUAACAAAGGCUUUGAAAACAAGAGGACAUUCACGUGAACUCAGUGAAAUAAGCAUUGGUUCUGAUGAUACAAAUUUAGAAAUUGAAAAAUUAUUAAAACGCAUUCAAGAAAUGACGGAAAUUCUCGAAGCUCGAGAAUCGAAACUUAUUGACGUCAGUAGAAUGAACAUGGAUUUACACGAUCAAAAUAACAGUCUCAAAAAACAAUUGGAUAAUGUUGAAAAACACGUGGAACAAAAUCAAGAUUUAACGCAAUUAACAGACGAAUAUACACAACGACUUUCGGCAUUGGAGAGAAAAUUUCAACAGGCUAUUCGUGAUCGUGAUUUACUUAGAAAACAUUUGGAGCAAUUGAAACAGGAGACAGCGACACGACUUUCGUCUAUGGAAAUGUCAUCGAUUAAUGCUGAGAAAGAUGAAGUUAUCAAGGAAUUACGCGAAGAGGGAGAAAAACUCAGUAAACAACAAUUACAGCAUAGCAAUAUUAUUAAAAAAUUACGAGCCAAAGAAAAAGAGAAUGAGUCGACUUUAAAAAAUCAAAAAGAACAACUUGAAGAACAGGGUUUAGAAUUGGACAGACUGAAGCGAUCGCUUCAUGCAAAAGAAGAAGUUGAAAGAAGUCAAAUCGAAGCUGUCCAUUCAUUGACAGCUAAAAUUAAAAAACAAGAAAAGGAGAUUUUGAGUUUGCAGGAAAAAUUGGAUCAUUCAUUAAAUAAAAUGGAUGUUUACAAAAAAAGUCUGGAUGCUGCGAAAACGGAGCUUUCGGAUACGAAGCAAAAAUUGGAAUCUUCAGAAGAAGAAUUAAAACACGCCAUGGACACCGCUGGCGAUUCUUGUCAACUUUCAGCACAAGUUGAAGAUUUAAGAAUAAAAUUGCGCCAAAUAGAAGAAAUUCACAUAAAGAAAGAAGAGACAUUAAAACAAGAAAAUUUGGAGCUAUUAAAGCGCUUGGAAUUAUCAGAAACAAGAAGUGAAGAAAUUUCCGAAUCGGUUUCUUCAGCGACAAAACCAUUGUUACGACAAUUGGAACAAUUACAGGCAAAUCUUUUACAAAAAACAAAUACCUUUAUGAAACAGGAGAAAAUUAUGUCGGAAAAAAUAAUUGAACUUCAAACAAAAUUGGAAAAUUUAAUUGAACAAGAUCAAUCAUUAAAAGAAGAUAAUUUAACAUUGAAAUCACGUGUUUCUACAUUAGAGACAAAACUUCAUGUUAAGGAACAAGAUCGCGUGAGACUUGAUGAUUUAACAAUUGAAUUGAAACAUAAUAAUGAGAAUAUCAUUGAAGAAAAUAUCAAAUAUCAAGAAACAAUAAAAAUGAUGGAACAAACACAUGUGAAUCAAAUUAAAGAAUUGAAACGAGAAAUUAAUUCAUUGGAAAAUAAAUUGUCAAUGGAAAAAGCAGCAACUGAUGCGGAGAAAAGGAAAAAUAAUGCAAUUAUUGAACAACAACAAAGUGUGGAAGAAGAAUUUAGAUUAAGUCCAACAUUGAGUAUUGAAAGGGAUUCUAUGAGCAGCGUCAAUAGUAUUUGGCCAGUGUUUAAUGAUCCAAUGUUUGACAGUAGUUCUGGAAGAUUUCCAAAUGUUUAUGAAAGUCUUCGAGCAGGUUCGAGUAGUACGUCAGUUUUUGAAAAUUUACAAGCACAGUUAAAACAACGAGAUGGUGAGAUACAACAAUUACAAUGGGAAUUGUCGCGUAGAAAUGCCGAGAGAGAUACUUUAAAUUUAGAAUUAUCUUCAUUAUCAUUGAAAGUCGAGGAAUUAAAUUCAAAAGUAAUUGAAGUUGAGGCAUUAAAUGAAAAUUUAAAUGACAUUCAAACCAAAUAUGACGCUCUUUUACAAAUGUAUGGUGAAAAAAUGGAGGAGAAUGAGGAACUUCGAUUAGAUUUGGAAGACGUCAAAGAAAUGUACAAGACUCAAAUUGAUCAACUUCUCAAAAGAGAAAUCUAAGAAAAAAACAAUAAAAAAAGUCUUCUUAUGACUGAAAUUAUCUAUAAUAAUUGUUAGAAUUUACAAAGAAACUAAAAAUCAAAAAAAAAAAAAAAAGUUAAAAUUUAAUUUCAAAUUCUAUUUUUUGUUGAAGAUUUCUGAAAUGUUCAUAUUUUAAUCUAAUUCUAAGUUAAAUUUAUAAAUAUAAUUAAAAAUUAUAUUAUAAAUUAAUAACAAUUGCAAUUUAUAUUUUAAAUUCAUUUUUAAUAACUAAUAUAAUAAAAAUAGUAAAAACAAAAAUAAUUAAAUAAUCAAGUUGUUUGGAAAAUAUACUAAUAUCAUAUUAUAAAAUUAGAGAAAUUGUACAAAUUCUUUGAAAUUUUCCAAAUUUAUUACGUUCCAGAAAUCUCUAAAUUCAUCAUUUAAAAAAAGUAAAUAAUUUUGUAAAUAGAAAAAUAUUCUGCAAAUAUCUAUCUUCGUCUUGGGUGCGUGUAAUAUUUAAAAAGUAUUAAUAGCUAAUAUGUAAAAAUUUAUACUACCUUUGCAUAUAUUUAAAAAUUGUAGAUAUGCUUUUUAUAAGUGCAGAUGUACGUUACAUUUUAUGGAUCUUGGAAGUGACAAUUUACGGUAAACAUCACUUUUCAUUGAAAAUAUUUAAACUAGCUCCAAUUAUUGAAAGAUAAAUAUCUUUAAACUCAUAAUCCAGAAUAGCAGUAAAUCACUUUUGUAAUUUAUUGUUAACUUUUAAUUUAAAUUUUUACAUUAUAUUUAUAUAAAAAUUUUAUCGUAUUCUCUUUUUUAAAAAACCGCGAUCCGUGAUAGAAUAUUGUAGAAAAAUCGACUUUUGUAUAGAUAUAUUAAAAAAAGGCGAAUUUUAUUAUUUUAGAAUUUUAUUGUAUAUAUUAAAGUUUAAUUUUAUGUAUAUUAGAAAAAAAAUUAUAUAUUUAAAUUGGAAAUUUAAAUUUUUUUUUUAAUUAUCAAAGGCUGUUUUUUUGAGAAAAAGAAAGAUACUUUGUAAGGGUGUGGGGAGGAAUAUCUUGUGAUAUUGAUUGUACUAUAUGAAAAGAAUCUUUAAAAGUAUGGUUAAUAAAUUUAUUUCGAAUCAAUCAUAUUGGAAUCAAUAUAAUUUUUCAUAUAUUGUUGCCUCCGUUGAAAUAAUAAGGUUACAGUUGUUUUUAAAUUUCAUAAAUACAUAAAAUCACAAUAUUUUUCUUUUUUAUAAUUCAUUAUUAUCUAUUGCUUUUUUAUUUUUUUGUUAACAGAAACAAAAAUUGUUAGCAGUGGAAUUUUUCGCUUAAAUAAAAAUUAAAUUUGCAAUUAAUAUUGUCAAAACAAAUUUAUAUAUUAAUCAGUUUGUACGUUACUAAAUUGUUAUGAAUUUAUCAAAUUAAUUUAUUGCUUUUAUUAAUAAUAGAAUAAUAUUAGCUAAUUUUGUCAGCCCUUGUUUUUAUAUAUUAAUCAAAAUUGAACUUUCCACUAUUUUUAUUUUUAUCAAGUUAAAUUAAUGAAAACCGAGGAGAUUGAUAAUUUUAUUUAGCUAUUUUUAUAGUAUUUGGAUGAAUGUUAAGGGCAUUUUUUUUUAAAUAUUAUUUCGAGAUUUCCUUUUUCAGGCAAACAAUAUUUUCUGAAUAAAAAAAAUAUUUUAAAUAGAUUACUACAGCUAUUGUAGACUGUGUCGAACUGUUCAAGUUAACAUUUCACUCUUGAUUAUAGGAUUGAAAGACCCCUGAACAGUCGGUCUAAACCUAUAGUUAUUUUUAGCAAUGUUAAAGUAACAAAAAAAAACCGAUUGAGCGAAUUUAGAAACACCAAAAAAAUAUUUAUGACAUUUAAUUGGAAUACACUCAGGAAUUAAAUUUACUUUAGACUAACUUCUAAUUUAAUGUGAUUUUUAACAACUGCGCUUAUGUAAUUGAAUGAGCAGUUUUAUAAAAAAAAAAAGGAAAAUUACUUUUUUUUCUAUUUCAGAAGCUUUUUGCUGAUUUGCAGGUGAUUUCAAAUUUUUUAAAAAAUAUUUUAUUCAAUAGAAGAAAAAUUCUAACUUGACAAACAUUUUUAAAAAUUGUUUUAAAUUAAAAUUAUAAAAAAAUGUGUUUAUUAUAAGGAUAAUUAUUAAUUAAGAAAUAUAUUUCCAUCGUGAACAAGAGAUUUAUUCUCUAAAUUUGAAAAAGAAAUUCCAGCCAAAUUUUAAAUGUGCAAAGAAAAAAUAAAAAAAUCUUUAGGAAGUAAAUAAAAAUUUCCACACAAAUCAGCAAUUCUGCAUUCAUCAUUGAAUUUAAAAAAAAAAAUUAAAAUUAAAAAAAAAAAGUAUCCACCCGGAUGUAACGACACAACUAGCAAAAUAUGCUAUGUUUACGAAACCAGUUUCGUCGAAUAAUCAUCGCCAUUCCCAUCGCUUUAUAUAAUCGCUAACAUUCCAUAUAACAUAUUGUAUUGCAUUUAAUUUUACAUAUUACUUAAAAAAUAAUAAUAAAUUUUCCAAUUAUUUUUUUCUUCAUCUUCUUUUUCUUCUGUGUAAAUAAUACUAAUUUUAAAUAAUCAUUAAAGACAUUAUUUUUACAAAUUAAAUUACUUUCGAGAUUUUGGAAAAUCAAAUUUUUUUUGAAAAAAUCAAAAAUGUUUAAAAUUAGAGAUCUGAUGACAUUUUUUUCCAAAAUUGCUGUAUUAUUGUCAAAGUGUAAUUUUUAUUAUUAGAAGAAAUUGAAAUUUUUAUUAUUAUUAUUAGUAUUAUUGAACAAUUAAAUAAUAAUUUGUUAGAGAUGGAAACACAUCAAUAAUUUUAUUUUUGCGAUUUACUUUAUGGCGAUGUCAACUACUUUUUUUUUAUUGUUCCUUGGAUCAAUGAUCCUUGGAAUUGCGCAAGCUCUCAGCGCGCUUCAACCGUUUUUUUUUUUUUUUUUUUUUUUU